GAGGUCUUCAGUCUUCCUUUGAUUCUUUUCCCUCCCUCGAAAUUUCUCGCUUCAGGCUUGUUUAGGGUUUCUCCCUCCGAUCUCGCGCCUCUCUUCGCAUCUGUAGGUAGCACAACGACAUGGGUGGUCAUGGUGGUUUAAAUAUCCUUCCACAGAAACGUUGGAACGUGUACAAUUAUGAGAACAGAGAGAAGGUCCGGAAAGAUGAAGAGGCUGCCGCAAAAGAGGAGCAGCUUAAGCAAGAGCAAGCGAGGAAGCGUGAUACUGAGUUUCGUCUUGAGCAGCUUCGCACUGCCCGUGGCUUGGCUCCUGCCAGUCAACCUGCAGAGGCUCCUGCCAGUCAGCAUGUGGAACCAGCUGAGACAGAGGAGAAGUCUGGCCAUAUUAAUCUCUUUGAGGGUAUUAAGAUUUUCGACCCUGUUGAAGCACCAAAAACGGGGACAGGAGAUGAAAGGGAUGGAUUCAAGAGGAAGAAGAUGAAGAAAGAGGAGGCGCCAAAGGUGAUAACCGUAGAGGAUGAGAAAUAUAGAUUGGGAUACGGGGUUGCUGGAAAAGGAGUUAAAUUGCCGUGGUAUCUUGAGAAGCGGGGUGAUCACGUAGAUGGGGAGAAAUUUAGGGAUGAAGGGUCGUUGAAGGAUGUGAAGGGGCAGGAAAAGAAAAGUGGGAAGAAGACGUUGGAGGAGCUGAGGGAGGAACGGGUGAAGAGAGAGAAGAUGGAGAAAGAAAGGGCAAAAUCAUUGAUUCUAGAGAAGAGCCGGAGGGAUAGAGCUCUAUUGAAGGACAAGGGUUUCCAGAGGAGGUGAUGCUGCAAAUUUUGGUCAGUUUAGACUUUUGAUUGUACUUAAAUGUUACCGAUACACUGCCUUAUGGCUGAUUGGGACUGCUAUUGGUUUGGCAAGAUUUGGAUUCUAAGGUCCUGUUUUGAGAGGUUUCAGCUCCCCUUGUGCAGCUCUCCAAUCUACAUUUGCCUUGCAAAAUAGCUCCUCCAUGGAUGUGACUUUGAAUCCUCUGUGAGAGAGAGAAUUCCGUAAGCCCGCGUCGCACUGGUUCACCUGUCCCUUUCAAAUCCUGGAGAUGAUCAACAGAUAAUCUGCUGCCGGCAUCAAGGCUUAUAAAUGUCCAUUCCUUCCAGUUUGGCUUUCUUGUUUAUCAUGUCAUCAUUAUGUGGAAUGAUAUCAGUUUGAUCCUUCUGCAAGUUAUUCAGUUUAUGUCAUUGUCCAUGACUUCAUAUCGACCAGGGGAUUCCUUGGUCCAAGUGGUGAAAAGAGUUGUUGAGCUGUCA